AUGGUACAGUUUGAUAAGGGGACCGAUGGAUAUUUAAUAGUUGCUUACUGCCGGGCUGCCCUCAAGAUGAUGGUGGAAACCAUUCUCGAGUCCUCUCAGGACUUUGGCAUGUCGAACGGCGCCCUACCGCAGUGGAAGCGCGAGUUGCUGCAGCGCCGAGCGGCGCGGGCCCGGCCGCCGCUGGCGCCCGCGCCGCCCGCGCCCCCGCCGCCGCCACCGCCCGCCGACGACGACGAGGAGCUGCGCUACGGGCCCGGCAUUGUCAAGCGGCUUAAAUCUCGAUACUUGAGCUUAGCACUACGCGAAGCUCCUAAACGCCGACCCUCUGUUCUCCGCCGCGCCGCGUCCCUAGAACAUCUGCUUGACGAACGGCCCCCGCCCGCCCCUAGGCCGCACUCCCGACCCGCGCGCCCCGUGUCACUCGCCGCGGCCUCCUAUUGUGCUCUCUCCGCGCCACAACCUCGCCGUGAUUCCGUGAAGCGAGCUCGUUCCGUGGAUGCUCUCAGUCGCCUCGACUCGCGAGAUGACCCCCCUCACAUCCCGCUGCAGCCUCCUCCGCAGCCGCCCCCGCCGCCGCCCUCGCCGCCGCCGCCGCUGCCUCGCACCGCGCGCCCGCCCCGCCGGCCGACGCCCUUGCUGCGCGAGACCGAACGUCCUCCGACCGAUGUGGUUCGGUCCACGUUACGGAAAUUCGAAUCUGCUCCGCCGCGCCGCACCGCACCCGCCGCCCGCGUGUCCGCCGUGCUGCGGGGUCUGGAGGCGCUGCCGCGAAGCUCCACCCCGGAACCGCGCGGGCGCUCCCCGAGUCCGGCCGCCGCAGACCUAUCGGCUAUCGACGAACCCGAGGGCGCUGGACUGUCUGUUGCGUGCGAAACCAAAACGGUAUCCCGGGCUGCGUUGGAAGGAAUUGCACGCGCGGGUUCCACGGUACGCUACGCGUUCGAUGCACCCAAGCACGGCUCCCACCUGCCACCGUUGGCCGCCACCAACCCGGUGCUCCUGGGCCGCUCGCGCUUGUCCGCGUCCCCGCGCCGCGUCGGCGUCAUCCGCCCGAUGCCGGCGCCGACGCUCGACAGAUCGAUCUCUUCCCCGACGCCCAACAUGGACGAAACAGAUGAAAAAAUGGAGGAACCGCAACGAAUCGUGUCUCCUUUGCCAUACGAUGAAACUCCGAACAAGAAGGACCCUCCCUCCGCCGCAGUCGAACCGAUGCUACGAUCGCCCGAGGAAUGCCCUGCGAUCCCUCAAACAAACGGUAACGCGACGCCUGCAGUUACUCGCGAAGUGACUCCCGAGCCUGAAGCAAAGCCCGAGCUGAUAGAGACACCGAGGACUCCGGCGCCCAAAUUGAUGAAUGGUCAUUCGACCCCGCCGAAGCCGGCUGAUACGAAACCCAAGGGAUCUUUCUCGCGUAUCGGUGCAGCGGGAAUAGAACGCGCCUGGACCGGGGCGGAGGAUAAGCAGAGUCCAGUAGGUAAAGAGAAGAAAGAUAGUGAAUUAAAGAGUGGUGUGGCUCCGUGGGCGAGGAGCAACGUGAGCGGCGCGGACAGUCCGAGCCCAGCGACGGCGCGGCGGCGCGCGCCCGCGCCCGCCGCCACCUCCGUCGUGUUCAACUUCUCCAACCGCAAGGAGGUGCCCGACUACAUCGAGAACGACGGCAUCGUGCUGCGCGCUAACAGGCGGAACAGGUUUAAGGCUGGUGAAGCAGGCAUAGUGGUGCUCCGGCCGGAGGCUCUAACGGCGGAGUCGGAGUCCGAGGAGGAGGAUGCGCGACCGCCCUCGCCGUGUAGCGUGCGCUUCGUCAACGACAACGUUGUCAUCAACGGCAAGUCCUCCAUGGCUGCCAGGCCCACUAAGGCUACAAGGGACAGAGCUGCCAAGUUAAAGCUGCAGUUCGACGAUUCCCUCACACGUACAUUCGAGUAUCCAUCGGAGAUAUCACUCUGUGAGGAUGGCUCGCCCGCCCCGCCCUCGCCUGCACCCGCGCCCGCGCCCGCCCUCGCCCCCGUCGACACUAACGGCGAACCCCACUUGACUCAGCCUGCCCUGUUGGCUCCACUCGCAGCCAACACACAUAUUGUGUCCGCGUCGCUGGGCCGCUACACGCCGAGCAAGACGUGCGCGGACGAGUUCCAGCUCGGGCUCACACGCCGCCCCGACCCCGCGCCCGACUCGCACAACCAACACGAAUCAGAGCGACUAGAGGGCGAGGCGGCGGAGGCGGCGGCGGCGGGCGCGGGCGAGGAGGAGGACGCACGGCCGUGCGGCGCCGACAACGCGCGCUCCUGGAGCGAGGCGCGCACGCACGCCACCGACCUGCUCUUC